UCCACCAUCCCCUGGUCACUACUUUCCUCACUUCACCCGCCCUUCCAGCUCCAUGAUGAUCCCAUGGGUCCCUAUGGUCCCCUGGACAGCAGCUCUGAUGGUGUUGCUGAGCAGAGAGACCCAGGGCGGGGCCCCUCCAGAGAACCACCUGCUGCGCGCGCUGCACGAGUGCUACGCGGAGAGCAACGGGACACAGCGCUUCAUCAUGAGAUGCAUCUUCAACCGCGAAGAGUUCAUGCGCUUCGACAGCGCGGUGGGCGAGUUCCGCGCGCUCACGCCCAUGGGGCGGCCGUGGGCCGAGUCCUGGAACAAGCAGAAGGACUACAUGGAGCGGCGGAGGUCCGAGGUGGACACGGUGUGCAGACACAACUACGAGUUGAACCAGAGCUUCACGGUGAAACGGCGAGUCCAGCCUAAGGUGCAUGUGUCACCCUCCAAGAAGGUCACCCUGAAGCACCAUGACCUGCUGGUCUGCCACGUGACAGAUUUCUACCCAGGCGUCAUUCAAGUCCGCUGGUUCCAGAACAACCAGGAGGAAACUGCUGGGGUCGUGUCCACCAGCCUGAUCCGAAAUGGGGACUGGACCUUCCAGAUUCUGGUCAUGCUGGAGAUAACUCCACAGCGGGGAGAUGUGUACACCUGCCACGUGGAGCACCCCAGCCUGGACAGCCCCAUCACAGUAGAGUGGAGGAUCCAGUCUGACUCUGCCCAAAACAAGAUGCUGACUGGAGCAGUUGGCCUGGUGCUGGGACUCAUCUUCCUGGCCGUGGGCAUCAUCAAGCAUGUGAGGAGCAAGCAGGGUGAGAAGAGUGUGGAGGAGCAGCCUCCAACCCCAGCACAGGCAGGAGGGUCACAGGUUCAAGACCCACCUGGGCUACACACAGCCUAGACAUCAAAGACGUGAAAUAAAGAAUUCUGG